CAGAAUAUCAAUAAACCAAAAGAAAAAAACGUCAGAACUGUCCGUUAAACCAUCAUCCGGUUGCACCAGUGCGGUGGAGUUUUAUUGUGAAAACCGGAAAUACAAUCAGAGGGAGCGUGACCGUGAGACUUUCGUGCGCUGUCCUUGACUGUCGCGGGCCCACGUGAGUCGCUCUCAGAAGAGCCUCCGGUACCGGGAGAGAUGUCCGGUAAAUCCCUGCUGCUGCUGCGGCGCGGCCUCGCGGGGACAAAGCUGCUACUUCCGGCGUGGAUCCGAACCAGCGGCGGUUCUCCGCCGGUCCGGACCGUCUGUCUGCACGCGCUCUGCCGGCCUCUGGCCGCCGGGACGCGCUGCCGGCCCCGCUUCUACUCCAAGGGGGGAGAACCCGAGCAGGAGUACCCGCCGCUGCCGGCCUAUCACCCGGACAGCAGGGAGGUGUUCAUCGUGCAGGUGAAGGGUCUGCCCUGGUCCUGCUCGGUCCAGGACCUGCUGCGCUUCUUCUCAGAGUGCCGGAUCCGUGAUGGGGAGAGGGGCGUCCACCUGACCGUGGACCGGCUGGGGCGGCCGUCGGGGCGGGCCUUCAUCGAGAUGGAGCACGAGGAGGACGUGAGCAAGGCUCUGGAGAAGCACCGGCAGUACCUGGGGCCGCGGUACGUGGAAGUGUCUGAGGUGACCAACAGUGACGCCGAGGCCAUCCUGCAGCACGCGGCUCCGCCCCCCGCCGAGGACGGCGUGGUCAAGCUCAGAGGACUCCCCUUCUCCUGCUCUGAGGACGACGUCCUCCACUUCUUCUCAGGGCUGGACGUCGUGGAGAACGGGGUCACCAUGGUGACGGACGGCAGAGGAAGGAACUCGGGCGAAGCCUUUGUGCAGUUCAGCAGUCAGGAAGAGGCGGGAAAAGCUCUGCAGAAACACAGAGAGAUGAUGGGACACAGAUACAUCGAAGUGUUUCCCAGCAGAAGCAGCGAGAUCCGCUCCACCUGGAAGAGGAGGACUUCACCGCCUCCUCAGAGUGCUCCUCCCCCGCCCGCCGGCAGGCCGGCGUCUGCGCCACACAGACCCGUCUCUCCUCAGAGCUCGGAGGCGUCCAGACACUUCAUCCACAUGAGAGGCCUUCCCUUCCAGACGUCAGGGGAGGACAUCUCCAAGUUUUUCUCUCCCUACGUGGUGUCAAAGAUCAUGAUUGAGUGCGGGCCGGACGGUCGGCCCAACGGCGAGGCCGACGUCUACUUCAGCUGCCACAGGGACGCCGUGGCGGCCAUGUCCAGGGACCGCAUGAACAUCGGUCAUCGAUACAUCGAGUUAUUCCUGAACUCUGCGACCGACUCCGAGUGACGCGGAGACGAAACCAAAGACAAAGAUCCGUCAUCUUCGAUUCCCUCCGUUUGAGAUGCUCCAGGAUCCCUCUGGACAACAGAACACGUGAAGAACAUCUACAGACUGUCCUUUUAACAAUAAAAUCACACCGCGGUCUGUUUCUGGGACAGGGCGGAGCUGUUAACGGCGGUCACAUGUUCAUCUUUGAGACUUUAGUGCGUCAUGUAAUUCCUCUGCAGUUACAUAGCAGAACACUAGGUGGCGAGAGCGGCUACUUCGCCACAGAGGAGGAGCUGAAGAAGGAGGAGCUUGCUAAAGUUAGCAUGCUACUUUUUGAAGAUGGAGUUUACGGUUUGUCACGUUGAUGUUCAGAGAAAACUGGAAUUCUGCGGCGUGGAGCCCGGCAGGCGCCAGGUGGGGAAACAGGAAGUCGCCGUUGAGGGUUUGGACCUCCAGGACGUACAACAAACUUCACAACAUUAGUUUGUCUGAGGGUUCGAUACAGAACCAGAAUUGUUGUCCUGGUGAUUUAUGACAUCUUUGGCUUGCCGUACAACAUAAACUACAAAAACACGAAUUAAUCAGUAAGUCUGUGAGAAAAGUAAAAACGGUUUAGGUGGUGAGAAUAAAUAAAAAGGAUGUUGCUCUAAAGCAAAUUAAUAUUAUUGAAAUAAAAAUGAUUUCCUCUCAGUUAUUCUUCUGGAGGAUUAAGA